UUGCUCUCUAGCCAUUGCAGUUUGACUUUGCAGAAAAAAACAUAGUCAACAAAUGCAAGAUUAUUUGUAGGAAAAUUUAGUUUGUGAGGAUGGUCAAUGGCGCUGUGUCCCUUUGGGUUCUUCCUCUGAUCCUAUUGCUGGGGAAUGCACCUUUCUGUCUUUCCAGCCUCUUCUCUUCACUAGUUGACUUGCAGACAGACAGGAUAGAUUACUAUGAAUACAGUGAUGAGUAUAUCCCGCCAGAAGAGAACACCGCCGCCACAGACAGAGAAUAUCUCACAUAUCCCGACUGGUUCUACGAAUACUUUGGCUACAAUGGUGAAGGAUCUCGUCAGCUGUUAGAUGCCAGAGUAAAGCUGAUCUCCAAGACGCAGUGCAAUGCACGGUGCGCAUAUGAUAACAGACUGGAUGAAAGCAUGCUUUGUGCAGGAAAUCUGCAGGCACCAGGAAUUGAUACUUGUCAGGGAGAUUCUGGAGGUCCUCUAACCUGUGCACAAAAUGGUUCCUAUUAUGUCUAUGGAAUUGUGAGCUGGGGCGAACAGUGUGGCAUAAAAGAUAAACCAGGAGUUUAUACCCAAGUGACAAGAUUCCUCAAUUGGAUUAAAUCAAAAAUUCAGCAGGAAUCCGGUUCACGCGAGUAAGCGACACUUUCUGGAAAGGCAAAUGGUAAACCUGAGAAAUUUAAUUUUCUUUAUCCCUCCUCCAACAUUAUUGAUGGCACUGUGACCAUGACAACAUAUCCAAGAUGGCGGUGGCUCUAGAGAAAAUAGCAAUAGCUGCUGCUUCAGACCUCAUGCAUCAACUCAAAUUUCAAUCUCCGGUGAACAGUACCAAUGUACGUAUGUAAUAUUUAGCUGAAAACUGAAACUCCCGUAGAUUCUUUUAAUGUCUUUUAGUGAAUUAAAGGGCUUGAUCCAAAGUCCGCUGAAGUCUUUUGAUGGAUCAAAUAUAAGGAACGAGAGCUGCUCUGCUUUGCCCAAAAUCAAUUGGACAGUCAUUUUCUUCUGAGAUUUUUGUCUUGUAAAACACCUAUGCAUGUGAACAGCUUUGCACCGCUAAGUAUUCCCAUUGACGUCACUGGUACUAUGCACAUGCAUAAAGUCACUCACAUACAUGUGUUUGUAGGCUCAGGGCCCAAUUUGUGUAUCUCCGGCUGUCAGCAAAUGGAUGUAAAAUAUUUCUAUAAUGUAAAUCUAAAUUAUUUCAAAAUGAUUUCAAAAAUGUUAAUGAUUUUUUCUGUUUUGUUCCACUUUUCUUCUUUGUAUCUGAUGAUAGCUGAAUUAUUUACUAAACCUAGAUUAUAAUCUCUUAAUUGUUAGACAUAGAACUGGAAUUUCUUUUUACAGAUAGAAUUGCAUAUUUUUGUUCAGUUAUUCUGCAGUCUUUAAGGAAAAUUUGCAAAAUAUGGGAUUGACGUUAAUUCUGAGAUGGAAGGAUGCCCACUGGUUUAUGUGAAGAGUCGGUCUGCAAAGUGUAACAAUGUCUCUCUCAUUUGGGUAUUUUUGGCUUUUUAUGGUUGAUUAUAAACCAGUGGUUCUCAAACUUUUGUACUGGUAACCCCUUUCACAUAGCAAGCCUCUGUGUGUGACCCCCCCCCCUUAUAAAUUUAAAACACUUUAACACCAUUAUAAAUGCUGGAGGCUGACAGCUAGUGACCCCCCCUCCCAUGUAAUAACUUCGUGACCCCCUGAUGAGGGGUCCCAACCCCCAGUUUGAGAACCCCUGUUUUAAACCUCAUGCCAUUGGGAUGGUCUAUAAACAGCCCCAUAAUCCAUCACAAGCUAUUCCCAUUGCAAUAAUUUUGAACCACCCUCUUCAGCAGAAGCCUCAGGUACUAAUUGUGAUCUCUGUCAAUCAGGGAUCACUCCUCUGAAGUCCCUUAAAGAAUACGACCAAAUUAAUCAAUGCUAAUUUAGCUUCCAUCAGCCCUUGUCUUGUGCAUAUUCACCCACCAAGAGAUUUUUAAAGCCUUAUCUUGUGUCCUUUAAUGUCAAGGUGCCAAUAAACCAGGAACCAAUUCUAAAAUAUCUAAAGGCAUCAUUUAUGGAAACAACUGCAUUUGAUUUAUUCAAUACAAAUGAUUUUACAUUCUACAAAUCAGGGCUUAUUAAUCUUUAGUACAAAGCUGAGCCGGCCAGUCAUCUAGUACUAAUUUCAUUGACAGCCAUAAAUAAAUACCAUACUUUGUAUUACAUACACUUAUAAAUCACUUGUCUUAAAGUAUCCACACAAAAAUAUAAAGAUCAAUAUUAAAUUGCA